AGUCCUCUGUGUGACAGUGAACCCUGAGGCUGCGAGUGUUUUCAUUUACAACACUGGGCUUGAAUACCUGUUUUUAAUUCCCUGGAGAUAUUUGCCACAAAAUUCUCCCUCAAGCACACAACCUCUUUCUACCUGGUUUCUUCAUGCGUUUCGAGCUGGACUUGGAAUGAAUUGUCUGCAAGCUACCAUCCGACAGCCUAACACACCAUCUUAGCCUUUCCUCGGCUUUCCAGACUGCUGUCUUGCAUCCCCAGAGAUGGCUUGGGGAUAAAAAUGAGUUUAAAACCAAACUUUCUUUAGCUGGUCCAGCGGCUAAGGGCAGCUCUGAUGCAUCCGAGCACGGUGCCCUCUUCUCUCCCAGUACUGCUCUGUGCCCGUGGAAAAGGGGGCGGAGGCGAGAGAGAAGAGGAAGAGGCGGAGGUCACUCGCGCGCCCCAUCCCUCCCAGGCGGCCAGCGCAGCUAGGUGCAGAGGGAUCCCAGGAGCCGCGCGCGCCCGGCAGUUGCCGCGCUAAGGGAACGAGUGCGCGGAGGGGACGAGCGGCUGGACCACAGCCGGCGCCCGAUCAGGAUCUCCGCGCUGGGAUCGGUGGAACUUGAGGCAGCGGCGGCGCGGGGCGCCAUGGCACACCGAGCGGCUCCGUCUUCUGCUCCUCAGAGAGCCCGGCUGGCGGCCUGGGAUGACAAGAUGUCUGGACUGCAAUCCUGCACAGUUUUGAGAGGGAGAUGACUUGAGUGGUUGGCUUUUAUCUCCACAACAAUGUCCAUGAACAAUUCCAAACAGCUAGUGUCUCCUGCGGCUGCGCUUCUUUCAAACACAACCUGCCAGACGGAAAACCGGCUUUCCGUAUUUUUUUCAGUAAUCUUCAUGACAGUGGGAAUCUUGUCAAACAGCCUGGCCAUCGCCAUUCUCAUGAAGGCAUAUCAGAGAUUUAGACAGAAGUCCAAGGCAUCGUUCCUGCUUUUGGCCAGUGGCCUGGUAAUCACUGACUUCUUUGGCCAUCUCAUCAAUGGAGCCAUAGCAGUAUUUGUAUAUGCUUCUGAUAAAGAAUGGAUCCGCUUUGACCAAUCAAAUGUCCUUUGCAGUAUUUUUGGUAUCUGCAUGGUGUUUUCUGGUCUGUGCCCACUUCUUCUAGGCAGUGUGAUGGCCAUUGAGCGGUGUAUUGGGGUCACAAAACCAAUAUUUCAUUCUACGAAAAUUACAUCCAAACAUGUGAAAAUGAUGUUAAGUGGUGUGUGCUUGUUUGCUGUUUUUAUAGCUUUGCUGCCCAUCCUUGGACAUCGAGACUAUAAAAUUCAGGCUUCGAGGACCUGGUGUUUCUACAACACAGAAGACAUCAAAGACUGGGAAGAUAGAUUUUAUCUUCUACUUUUUUCUUUUCUGGGGCUCCUAGCCCUUGGUGUUUCAUUGUUGUGCAAUGCAAUCACAGGAAUUACACUUUUAAGAGUUAAAUUUAAAAGUCAGCAGCACAGACAAGGCAGAUCUCAUCAUUUGGAAAUGGUGAUCCAGCUCCUCGCGAUAAUGUGUGUCUCCUGUAUUUGUUGGAGCCCAUUUCUGGUUACAAUGGCCAACAUUGGAAUAAACGGAAAUCAUUCUCUGGAAACCUGUGAAACAACACUUUUUGCUCUCCGAAUGGCAACAUGGAAUCAAAUCUUAGAUCCUUGGGUAUACAUUCUUCUACGGAAGGCUGUCCUUAAGAAUCUCUAUAAGCUUGCCAGUCGAUGCUGUGGAGUGCAUGUCAUCAGCUUACAUAUUUGGGAGCUUAGUUCCAUUAAAAAUUCCUUAAAGGUUGCUGCUAUUUCUGAGUCACCAGUUGCAGAGAAAUCAGCAAGCACCUAGCUUAAUAGAACAGUAAAUCUGUGUGGGGCUAGAACAAAAUUAAGACAUGUUUGGCAAUAUUUCAGUUAGUUAAAUACCUGUAGCCUAACUGGAAAAUUCAGGCUUCAUCAUGUAGUUUGAAGAUACUAUUGUCAGAUUCAGGUUUUGAAAUUUGUCAAAUAAACAGGAUAAUUGUACAUUUUUCACUUGUUUUUGCCAAUGGGAGGUAGACACAAUGAAAUAAUGCCAUGGGAGUCACACUGAAAGCAAUUUUGAGCUUAUCUGUCUUAUUUAUGCUUUGAGUGAAUCAUCUGUUGAGUUCUAAUGCCUUUACUUGGCCUAUUUGCCAGAGAACAUCUUAAUGCAGCCUGCAUAGUGAAAUGGUUAUUUUGAGAUCACCGCUCUGUAGCUAACCCUUAUAAACUAGGCUCAGUAAAAUAAAGCACUCUUAUUUUUUGAUCUGGCCUAUUUUGCCCCUCAUUGUGUAGCCUCAAUUAACACAUGCAUGGUCAUGACACCCAGAAUUCAUGAUGGUUUGUUAUAACAACCUCUGCAUAUUCCAGGUCUGGCAGACAGGUUGCCUGACCUUGCAAUCCUAUCUAGAAUGGGCCCAUUCUUGUCGUAUUUGACAAAUAGGACUGCCUACAUUUAUUAUUAUGAAGGUUGAUUGUUGUUGGAAGUGUUUUUUCAUGUCAUAGAUUAGCAAUUUUCAAAUAAUCAUUUUUUCUCUGAAAAUUUUGUGUAUGAUUGCACAAUAAAUAAUUUUUAGAGAAACAAAGGCUCUUUCUCAGCACAUUGAUGGGCAACUAGAAUUACAGCAGUUUCAAAACUCUACCAUGGAUAAUGCAAACAAACCGAAGCUACAUGCCAGUGAUAGGUGCAAAGAAUAUUGGCAAAAGGUGCUUUACCUUGAGCCAUUAUUUGUGUGAGAGAACAAAAGAAACAGAAUCAAUAUAUAAAAUUCAAAGACUAUCUCAGCUAGUGUGUUUGUUCUUUACACACGUAUACACACAGACAUCAGAAAAUUCUGUUGAGAGCAGGUUCAUUAAAUUUGUAAGAUGGCAUAUUCUAAAGCCUGUGCUACCAGUACUAAGAGGGGAAGACUGGCAAUUUGCCAAGCACUUGGGGAUUAUUAUAACAAUUAACUAGGAGAUCAAGAGAUAAUAAUCUCUCCCCAAAUUUUCCAAUAAUAAUUGAGACUUUUUCUUUGCUUGUUUGUGUAAUUCAACCAAAAGAAUUUCAGGACUCAUUCAAAUUGUCCUAGGUCUAUCAGAAAUUAGGGUAGGUUGUCCUGCUUUAUAAUAGGAAAAUGUAUUUCUGUAUAAGAGUUCUUUGCUUUCAUUAACUUGGAUUCAUUUAAAAAUUAAUCUUCCCUGUUAGGCUGAUUUCAGAUUCUCUAGGAAAUCUGUGUAAUUCAAUGAGACUUAAAUUAUUAUGCUCUUAAAUAUCUGCUUUUGAUUGGUAAUUUACAUUGGAAGUCAUGUUAACUUUUAGUGAUUUUUUUGUAAAUUCCCAUAAGUAAAUCAAAAGGAAUUAAGCAAAUAGCCUCACUGAAGAUUUAAAGGCAAUAAUUUUUCAGUAAGUUUAAAGAAGAGAAACACAAACAUAUUGGCACAUGAUAUUCUUAUUUUAAGGCCAGUAAAUAAUUAAUAACACAAAUUUAGUUUAUUCUCAUUUAUAGAGCACAUAGUAGAUGCUCGAUAAAUACUUGCCAGGUUGAACUACAGACAAGAACCUCUUGGUGCAAAAUGAACAGAGAAUUGCAAAGUUUUGUGCAGUUUUAAUUUAAACUGACAAUUAUAGGUUUUUGUAGUAUAUAUGAGUGUAUGUAUGUAUAUACACGUAUGGAUAUGUGUGAUAUAUAUUUCUAUAGUGCAUAUGCUUUCAAAAAACUGCUGCAAUUAGUGACUGUUAUUACAUUACAUAAAUGCUCUCAUUUGUUUCAAGAAAUCUUAAAGCCCAGAAGACCUUUCAGAUGGUUUAUUUGCUUUCAGCAGAGAAUUUAUUUCAUACAGUUACUUAAGAGUGCUGAUGUCUUGUGAACAGAGAUAUAAGGAACCAUUCUCCAUCCUUCCUCAUCAUGCUAGGUACAAUGCUUCUAUGAAUAUUUCCAUGUAUUUUGACUGGGGAGAGGCAUGGAGAAGAAACUCUCAUUCAGGGGCUCCAGGAUCCUUCUCCUUGAGGCUUCUAAAUAAAUGGCAGAAUUCUUGCUGUAUUGCCAUGAUGUCUCCCUGGCCAUGUGUACUGACUUCAGGAGAUCUUGCAACAUGGCCAUGUGCAAGGCUUUAAGGAGUGAGAGAGAUGUGUACAUAUCUUAGGAGGGUUAUCUAUGUUAUCUGAGUAUACGUUUGGGUAACUAAAUUGGUCUUAAAAAUGAUGUUAACCCAAGAAGUAGACAUCAAAAAUUAAAAAAAAAAGGAAUGUGGUUUCAUUGUUUUAAGUUUUUCUUCUGAGUAAAACAAAAUUAUAGAAAACAAAUGCAACAAUGUGCACAUCUGACUUAAGAGUUUUAUUUCUGUUAUUAUAUGUGUUGCAUGUAGCUUGGCGAUUUACUGUGUAAUGAAUAAUAGACUGGAACAUCUACCAAUAACUUUCAUAUAAAUGUUCAAAGUAGAAGUGUAUUUUUUCAGGUUUCUGGAAAUAAAUAGUAAAAUAAAUGGUACAAAUAGUUUCAAUAAAUUUACCAAUUUGAGUGUUUUCAGCUCUAUUUCAAAACUCAUAACUAAUCUGCAGAAUUACUGAAUUUCCUUUUGAACUGGGUAAGGCAUUAUCCAAGCAACUUCACAUACUAUUUAAACAUGAUUUCUUGGUAAUUAUAUAUUCUGGGCAAAUAACCUAAACAUGUCAGGAUUUUUACAGGUGUUAGUGAAUUUUUCUAAAAAGAUGAGACAAAAGCAAAAAUAUCACGCAUAGGUUUUUAUGACUAUGAAUACAAAGAUAGAUAAUGCUGAUUCACAAUUAGCUAUGGGUACGUCCAAAACAUCAGACCUUUUACUGAUGGGUUAACUAGGUGAAAGAAAUGGGCCCUUAAUUUUUUUUUUCCCUAGAGGCAGAAAGUUGCUUCUAAUGAUCUAUAUAGCUAAAAUGAAAAAUACCUGAAAGUUAAUACACACAUAUGUAGAUAUAUUUGUGUUAUGUGAUAAAUGUUUCUUGUUUGCACACUUUUGGACUUGAGAAAUCGGCUUUUGUUUUGUGCCUACUCUGAGUUUAGAACCCAAAUAAGAGCACUUGUUAAAUAUAGAGUGUACUUUUUGUUAAAACUAUUGCUAGCUUCACCUGUAUACCAUCAUUGUUCCAAAUUAAAUAACUGUUUUGGGUCAGAAUAUAAACGCUGGGAAUAUACAUUUUAUUACUUCUUAAUCUGGGUGUCAAAGAUUUUACCACCUGGUAAAUAAUGUUGGACUUCAACUUGUUACUGGCACAUUUUAAUAAUAGAAGAAACAUGUUUUUCUUUGUUAUGUGAAUAAAUGUAUGUUGUCCUCUUCAUACUUGUUGGAUUGUAUAGAGAUUAAAUAGUGAUAUGUAUAUUUUGUUGUUUGCUUUGGUAUGCAACUCAUGUAAUUUUAGUGCUUUGACUAGCUUAAAACUUCAAACAAGUAAUUUUAUAAUAAAGUUGGACUAAUGUU